UGCGCUUAAAGGCUAAAGGCUAACUACGCCCUGAGUUUGUUCAACAGUUUCGAGUUUUUAAAGUCAAGAGCAAUCGUGAAUGUCAUUUUUUCGUCUUUUCAGGAAUUGAAUCAUCCAUUUGUUUCCAAAUGUUCCUCCGAAACUUCGGAAAAAUGAGAAAACGUCGCUAUGCAUAGGCUUCAUAUAGACUACGUCCAGCCACUGGGUGUUGACUGCACACUAUGAAAGUAUAAUCAGUGGACCCGGGAAUAGAGUGUUGCUGUUGAGCCCCUGCUCUAAAAAAAAAUGGUCAAUGCAAUACGAAAACUGCAGACAAAUGGUAAAAUGCAGACUGCAGAUUACAGACUUUAAGUGUGUGUCGUGUUAUUUUGAUUAUCAGGUAGGCUCGAUUACCAGCCACUGUUCGGGCGCGCCGAAGUCCUGUGAGUGACACUGGGUAAGAUACGUACCCAAGCCCCUCUCGGCUGCAUGCUCGAAGAAUAUCAAGAUGGCGGCCGAGCCAUCGGAAAAUCAGUUAGGACUUUCGUGGCAUGAUAGCGCCUGGAUUCCGAUCCUUAAUCCUGGAAAUGUUUUGGAGUACUUUUCACAAAGAACUAAUCCGUUUUAUGAUCGCACAUGCAACAACGAAGUCGUCAAAAUGCAGCGGCUUGACCCAUCAACUUUACAGACCAUGACAGGUAUCGAGUAUGAAGUUCUCCAUGUUCAAGAUCCAAUCCUCUAUGUCAUCAGAAAGCAGCAUAGAAUUUCGCCAACGCAAGUCACGCCACUUGCAGAUUACUAUAUGUUGGCAGGAGUGGUAUACCAAGCACCUGAUCUUUGCUCUGUCAUUAAUUCAAGAUUGCAUUCAGCCUUGCACCACAUACAAGCUGCUUUUGAUGAAGCUUCAUCAUACUCAAGAUACCAUCCAUCAAAAGGUUAUUGGUGGGAGUUCAAAGACAAAAAACAGAAACUUUUGAACACUGCCAAAAGCAGUAACAAUGAAAAAACCAAGUCAUCGAAGGAUCCUAAUAAAGAGCCGAGCUCACUGUUUCAGAGAGAGGGUGUUCACAUGCUUCUUGGUGAGCUGUCCAGGAAGUUUCCACCUCAGUUUCUUCAAGGUCAGACAACCACAGGCCAAGUCAAGAAGAAUGGAGACAAAACUGGUGAAGAGACCGAGUCGAAGGAAGAACUUUCAGCAGACCCCUUAGCUGCUGCGGAGCCAGUCCCUAACGGUGCCAGUGUGGCCGGGAGCUUGGGCACUAAUGUAGCACGUGGACCUCUUAACUCGCACCAGGCGACGAAAAGAACAGCGAGUGGGGACUCGGUGACUAAACCACCCCCAGGCAAAAAGAAGAAAGUCUGACUGCAGUCGUCGGGGAAACGUGCUGUUUGUGACAAAUAUUCCUUGAAGAGCUUGAGCAAUUCCCAGUUCUUAUUGGCCAAUCGAAAACUAGCGCGAGUACUCACGAUUUGUUUGAAAAACAAUCAUGUGCUAAUAUGAUGUAUUGAGCAUAGGUUAUGUUGCUUAGGAACUUUGGCGACGAAAACCGUGACUCAUUAAAUUAUCGGAGAUGGUUUUUCUUUUGUCACAGCUACUUGGUUCUCGUCAAGUGAAGGAGUGAUGUCUUUCGAAAUGCAAGGAAGUUAGGACGUCAUUUCGUUCAGAGUUUCCUUAUACUUAUGUUUUUAGUUGAGCGAUCGUUUCCGAACAGUCCCAGUGCAUCGAGUAUGGGUGCGUCCUUACUUUAAAACAAGAGUGAAAGACAGUGAGAACUUUUCUUCAACAAACAAGCUGGACUUUUGUACGUAUUUUAGUGCCACCCUUUACUUUAUGUCACUCCUAAGAGGAGCACACUUGCGAGGAGAGCUCAGAGAAGGACUUUGAGAAAUUCUUUCCAGUGGCGCUAACUUCGACUAAAAGUCCCAGCAAACUGCGCUUGUUCGGCUCAGGAAAUGUGUGCAGCAUGGCCUGGUCAUUCAAGCGAACAGAGAACCAUAUGGAUAAAUAGUUGUUUAUUGCAUUUAUUCUUUCAAUGUUCUAGACAAACAAAUAUAUAGAUGUUA